UCAACUAUCAGAGCUUUGCAUGAGCCAACGGUGUGUAACCCUACAGAGAGCGACUACGGUGAUUUGUAGACCAAAUUUGGCCAUUUUUAAACUAUUGCGGGUAAUAUUAAAGACGUACAACAUAAUUUGAAAGAUUUGUGUAUAAUUUUGGCAGCAGCGUCGCGGUGUCUGGUUCUGGCAUGUGUCCGACAUCUGUGAACUGACUAGGUUGUCUAAAAUAAUUUUAGUAAUAGUGAUAGUGGUUUGUUUUGACCUUACAGAGCUUCUAGGCUUUGAAUUUGGAGAUGAAUGAAGAAGAACUAGUGGAGUACUUCAGGGCUCAGAUGAGGAAAGACCCGGACAUGGCCUCUGCUGUGGCAGCCAUCCGCACCCUGCUAGAGUUCCUCAAGAGAGACAAAGGUGAAACCAUCCUGGGUCUGAGGGAAAGCCUGACGGGGGCUACAGACUGCCUAAAGGGAGAGGACUCGUCUGUGGCCGUGUCCUCUGGAGGAGAGCUCUUCCUGCGCUUUAUAAGCCUCACAUCACUAGAGCAUCAGGAUUUGUCUCGUUGUAAGAAAGUGAUGGAGGAAAGAGGAGAACUAUUUCUAGAGAAGAUCUCUAUGUCCAGGAAGAAAGUUGCUAAGCUCUGUCACACCUUCAUCAAAGAUGGAGCUAAAAUCUUGACUCAUUCGUACUCCAGAGUGGUCCUGCGAGUGCUGGAGAAAGCUGCAGCAGAGAAAAAGCGCUUCUCUGUCUAUGUGACCGAAUCACAGCCUGACGCCGCUGGACAACAGAUGGCAGACGCCCUAAAGAAACUAAAUGUUCCAGUAACGGUAGUUCUGGAUGCAGCUGUUGGGUAUGUGUUAGAGAAGGUGGACCUGGUCAUCGUUGGUGCAGAGGGAGUCGUCGAGAGCGGAGGGAUCAUAAACAAGAUCGGCACCUAUCAGAUGGCUCUGUGCUCCAAAGCUCACAACAAGCCCUUCUACGUUGUUGCUGAAAGUUUUAAAUUUGUGCGUCUGUAUCCGCUGAACCAACAGGAUGUGCCUGAUAAAUUUAAGUACAAAGCAGACACCCUGAAGAGUGUACAGAACCUGUCAGAGGAGCACCCCAUCAUCGACUACACGCCCCCCUCCCUCAUCACCCUGCUCUUUACGGACCUGGGAGUUCUCACCCCGUCGGCUGUCAGCGACGAACUCAUCAAACUGUAUUUAUAACUGCUUCAUCACUCUCCAAUAAACGCCCCUAAAACAGA